AUGGCUAAUCCACCACUACCUACCCCUGGAUAUUCUGUUACUGUUACUCCCUCAAACCCUGACUCAUCAACCCCUCAACCAGAGAAAAAUUAUGUUCCUCCUCCUACAAUGUUACCUGGAGCUCCUCGAUUUGCUCCUUCUAAAUUGCAACAAGAUCAGAUCCCUUCCCCUUCAUUCCAGAACCCAAAUUUGUUAUCACCUGCCAAUGGGGUUAAAACUGGGAGCCCAGUUCCUCAUUUAAGCACUCCCCCUGGUCCUCCUGUUUUUACUUCGCCAGUUCGGCCUGCUGCUGUGCCUUUUCGGACUUCUCCUGCAACUCCUCAACCAGUUGCUUUCUCAUCAGGCUCAACAUUACCAACAUCUUCACCUCCCCAUUUUUCAAAUGGUUCUGUCGAGUUGCAGCACCAAGUUCCGCUUGCUGCAGAGGACUCAACAUCCAUCGAGGAAUCAUCGUGCGUUUUGUUCUCUGCUCACAAGGUGUUGAAGCAAAAGAAACUAGCAAAUGUACCGAGUUUGGGCUUUGGGGCUUUAUUUUCUCCUGGGAGAGAGAUUUCUCCUGGUCCUCAAAUAAUACACCGUGAUCCUCACCGUUGCCACAAUUGUGGAGCUUAUGCAAAUCUUUAUUGCAAGAUAUUACUCGGUUCAGGCCAGUGGCAAUGUGUAAUUUGCCGGAAAUUGAAUGGAAGUGAAGGUGAAUAUGUAGCUCCAAGCAAAGAAGAUCUUCGCAACUUGCCAGAACUUUCAUCACCCAUCGUUGAUUAUAUUCGAACUGGGAACAAGAGACCUGGCUUUAUUCCAGUUUCUGAUUCUAGAAUGUCUGCACCCAUUGUUCUUGUUAUUGAUGACUGUUUAGAUGAACCCCACCUGCAGCAUUUACAAAGCUCUUUGCAUGCAUUUGUUGAUUCACUCCCCCUACAGCAAGAAUUGGAAUAA